AUGGACAUUUUGUUACUCGAGCAACAGCGCAACAUAGAAUUUGGGGCAGCCACCGCCACGCACUGCCCUUAUUGUGCAUUCCAGUGCGGGAUUGAGAUUUCCGGAACUGGCGCUGACGUUCGUAUCGCCGGGGAUGCGGCCUUCCCCGUGAACAAGGGUGCGCUGUGCAUCAAGGGUUGGACCGCCGCCGCCGCGCUGUCUCAUCCAGACCGCCUUACGACUCCCCUGGCGCGUGACCCCAACGGCGUUCUGGUUCCGGUUGGCUGGGAAGAAGCCCUGGACAGGAUCGCCAGCGCUUUCAAAGGCACGCGCGAACAAUACGGCCCCGAUGCCGUGGGUAUUUUCGGCGGCGGGUCUCUCACCAACGAGAAGAGCUACCUGCUCGGCAAGUUCGCCCGUGUUGCCUUGCAGACUGCCAACAUCGAUUACAACGGGCGCUUUUGCAUGUCAUCGGCGGCCGGGGCCAGCAUCCGUUCCCUCGGGCUGGACCGCGGCCUGCCCUUCGCUUUGCAAGACAUCGCCGGCGCCCAGGCCAUCCUCAUGAUGGGCAGCAACUCCGCUGAAACCAUGCCCCCGAUGAUGCAGUAUUUCGAGGAGCAGAAAGCCGCCGGCGGCAAACUCAUCAUCGCCGAUCCCCGCCACACUCCGACCGCCGCCCGCGCCGACCUGCACUUCAGGCUCAUACCGGGCACCGACGCGGCCCUGGCAUUGGGCCUGAUCGGCAAACCCAACAGCGGCUACGGCUGCCUCACCGGACAGGGCGGACGCGAGCAUGGCCAAAAAGCCGACCAACUGCCCGGAUAUCGCCGCAUCGACGAUCCAGCCGCGCGCCAGUACGUGGCAUCCGUUUGGGGCGUUCCGGAAACGAGCAUCCCCGGGCCGGGUAUAUCUGCCUACGAGCUCCUGGACUCGCUGGGACAGGAUGGCGGUGUGCGUUCCCUGAUGGUAAUGGGUUCCAACGUCGUUGUGUCCGCGCCCAAUGCCAACCAUGUUGUCGACCGAAUCAAGGCCCUGGACUUCCUAGUGGUCAGCGAUUUCUUCCUGUCCGAAACCGCCGAACUGGCCGACGUGGUGCUGCCAUCGGCGCAGUGGGCCGAAGAGGAAGGCACCAUGACCAACCUGGAAGGGCGCGUCAUCCGCCGCCAGUUGGCGUGCGAACGUCCCGUCGGUGUAAAGGACGACAUUGACGUGAUCUGCGAAUUGGCGUCCCGCCUGGGCACGGGAGCCUUCUUCGCCUACAAGAACACGGGCGAGAUAUUUACUGAACUGGGCCGAGCAUCGGCGGGUGGCCCGGCCGAUUAUUCCGGAAUCACCUACGAAAAGAUCGACGCCAGUCAGGGCGUCUUUUGGCCCUGCCCCAGCCUGACCCAUCCCGAGCACAUCUCUAUGGUACCACCCGCGCAUGUAAGGUCACGACGAUGCUUCCCAUUCUCGGCGCCUCGUUUCCCGCGUGGUCGCGCACGAAGCCCCUGCGGAACAACCCGACGCCGACUACCCGCUCUUCCUGACCACCGGGCGGACCUGGCGCACUAUCAGUCUGGCACCCAAACUCGUCGCAUCCCCGAACUUCAGGAGAUGAUGCCGGCGCCUCUGGCCGAGAUACACCCGUCGACGGCGCGCCGCCAUCAACUGGAAGACGGUGGGCCGGUAACGUUGCAGACCCGGCGGGGUUCGGCGAAUUUCAAAACCAACAUCUCGCGCAACAUUCGCGAAGAUACGAUCUUCGUGCCUUUCCACUGGGGUGGGAUGCAGGCGGCCAAUCGGCUCACCAACCCGGCCCUGGACCCAAUCAGCAAAAUGCCCGGAUUCAAAGUGUGCGCCGUGCGCAUCCAAAGUACUCCACAUCCAGCCUCCCCCACCGGGGAAGCGGGAAAUCGCCCUUAA